AUAUUUGUGUCGGACCGAAAUACGUCGAGAGUUACGACGCCGGCGAACAAUUUAUUUCAAUUAUCAUGAGUAAGCUCACUAGUCGAGCUGUGUGUUAUCGCUUUGAGUAGAGGAAUAUUUGAACUGUAUAAUUUGUCGAUAGGAGGUCAUAAACGAGUGUCGUGUAUCAAAUAAUGGUUUGGGAUGGAACAUUAGUGACAUCUCGCCUUGCAACCUUGGUUAUGGUUACGAGAAAAAGUGUAUUUUGAAAAUAUAUCCGAGUGUUUUCUUCUGGAAAACGUUUGUGAGAUAUUUGAUAUACUGUGCAGUGGUGGUUUCACACUGUGUUUCAUUAAAUCGGUGUUAUGUCGGGGGGAAGGAGCAUCGACAAGGAGCGCAAGUCGCCGAGGGAAAGCGGGGAGGAUUCCGAGGAUGAGAGCGAAAUCCUCGAGGAGAGUCCCUGCGGCCGCUGGCUCAAAAGACGUGAAGAGGUGGAGCAGCGUGACGUGCCGGGCAUCGACUGCGCGCACCUCGCCAUGGACACCGAGGAGGGCGUCGAGGUAGUGUGGAACGAGGUACAGUUCUCCGAGCGCAAGAACUUCAAGGCGCAGGAGGAUAAGAUCCAGCUCGUGUUCGACAACCUCACGCGCCUCGAUGUACUGACAUGUCCGAUCCGCCAAGAUAUUAUACUUUUCGACUAG